AUGAUUUUGUGUUAUUUUAAUGAGAAUCUUAUUGCUCAAGAUGAAAGACCAAAUGUAUUCUAUGUGAAAUUAUUGUUAAGCUUUAAUUCUUGUUGCAUGACUGAUUCUUUCCAUAUUAUGUCUUGUGUGCAACACUACAUAAUUUUGACGUGGUAUUUCUACAGAAUUCGUGAUGUUUAUAUUUGUGAAUAUGGUUAUGGUUUCAAGAUGUUUAUAUGCGUAAAUGAGGUUCUAAGCAAAGUUGUAAAUGUUUUAGGACACGAGUCCAAUGUCAUGAUAAAAUGUUUAUGUGGAUCAAGUUUUCAAUGUUUUAGGAUAUUAGUUCAAUACUUUGAUAAGAUGUUAUGUGAAUUAAGUUAUUAA